AUGGAAGACAGAAAACGUUCUUUGGAAGAUACAGAAGGGGAAACCCAAGCAAAGCGGCUGGUUCCUGAAAAGAAGCCGCUCGACCUGCUUAGCGAAGACGGGCCUUUGACCCAGCAAGAUGUGGUGUAUUUCAAGAAGGAAGCCAUCUGGCGCCAGAUGCGUUUCUACAAGUUACAGGCUGCCGAGUUGGCGGCUGAGGUGUCCAAACACGAAAGGCGGUUCCAGGCGUUUAUAGCUGUGCAUCUGCUUUUGGAGUCGUGGUACCGCCAGGUUGUUGCCAUUUCGAAGCACGAGUCGCCACCUCCACUUGAUUUGGCUGCAGAUUCGGCUGAAAUUGACGCUGUUUUGGAUGAAAGACGCCAGCUCCUUGCAAAGUUGUUGCAGCCACUUGCAUCCGCAUCUGAUGAGGGCAUGGAGCGUGUUCUAGACGCGGUGAAGCUUGCGGCUGAUCGGGAUGCAGCAAUAAAACUUCAAGAAGCUGCGCAACAGGAAGUCGACACCCUUCGGGCCCACAUCCAGAAUUUGCAGAAGGAGAAAGACAGGCGAGAGUCUGCCACUUUGAAACGGAUUUUGGAAAACAGCCGCAUUACCAGCAAUGAGCCUGAGCCCCGCGGGAACGGGUCGCAAGCCAACGGAUCGGCUCAAGAGGAGACAAAGAAGGCCGAGGCACAAACAACAGCAGAAAAGGAAGCGUUCGAGAAAUUGACUGUGGAGCACGCAGAAAUGAAGGCUGCAUUCUCUUCGUUGCAAUCACAACUCGAUGAAAUCACGCAGAAGUUGGCCGAAACAGAAAAGUCAGGCUCUGAUCUUGAGCUGCGCCUAGCAUCUCUUAGUGAAGAUGAUUUGAACAAGAAUGAGCGUUACGCGUCUGUUGUGAGCCAGAAUAAGUUUUUGGCGGAGAAUCUUGCCCAGUCGGAACGGUUGAAAGACGACUUGGUUCAGCGCAUUCGGGAACUUGAAAGCAGAGAAGGAAAUUUAAUAGCGUUGGUAAACAAAGAGCUUGAAGAGGAAAACACUCGAUUGAAGGAAAGCCUCAGCAAGAGCGAGAAUGACUUAGUUCGCAUUCGUGCUGCUAGGGAUGAGCUUUUGGGUAAACAAGCCAUUUUAAAGCUGGAAAUGGAAAACAAGAAAACAAAUGAGGAACUCAAUAAAUUGAAUCAAAUGUUGAGUCGACGCCUUGGCGAACUUGAAAAGACGCGGCAAGAUGAGCGCAACAUGCAACAAGAUGCUGCCUUAGAGAAGUUGGAGAAAGGCGAACUUGUGAAGAGACUACAAAUCUUAGGUGAAGAAGUGAAGGAAGUGGAGCAAGCUUUCCAGGAUACUCGUGCUGUGGCAUUAGAAAAAUUGAAGGACUUGGUCGAUCACGAAAGUUUGGUUAAAAAAUUGACGAUAGAAAAGAACAAGGCAGACCAAAAGUACUUUGCCAGCAUGCGCUUGAAAGAUUCCUUGGUGGCUGAAAAUAAAAUCUUGAAGACGCAGACGGCCAAGUCACAGGAAUUGGUGGCAAAGUUCAAUGACUUGGAGAAAACCUACGUGGGCAAGAUUGAUGUCUUGACGAAAAGCAUUAAUGAUUACCGAGUGAUUAAAGAAAAUGCUCUUCAUGAGAACGUCAAGUUACAAGAGGCACUCAAACAAAUGACCAAAGGCAGGGAAACCGCCAGCAAGGAAAAAGCAGCACUCAAAAGUGACUUGGAAACUGUGCGCCGGGAAAAGAAUGAACUCCUCGACGAGCUCAAGUCCAAACGUCUUAACGAGAGCAAGUUGGAGGCCCGUCUCAAAUCUACAGAAAGCUUGUUGCAAAAGUAUAGGCUGAACAACACUUCGCUGAUUCUCCAGGAAGACCAGAAACAAUUGGAAGCCCUCCGCUCUAUCACGAAAUGCUCCGUGUGUUCCAAAAACUGGAAGAAUACUGUCAUCACCGCAUGUGGACAUGUCUUUUGUGAGGCCUGCGUCCAAGACCGGCUUGCCGCUCGGCUCAGAAGAUGUCCUACUUGCAACAAGGGUUUUGCUUCCAACGACUUACUCACCAUCCACCUCUAA